UCCCCAAACGUCAGCAGUCAUCUCCUGAACUGUGCCCGCAGUCUCCGGUCAUCUCCUGUACUGUGCCCGGAGUCUCCGGUCAUCUCCUGUACUAUGUCUGCAGUCUCCGGUCUUCUCCUGUACUAUGUCUGCAGUCAGCAGUCAUCCCCUGUACUGUGUCCGCAGUCUCCGGUCAUCCCCUGUACUGUGUCCGCAGUCUCCGGUCAUCCCCUGUACUGUGUCCGCAGUCUCCGGUCAUCCCCUGUACUGUGUCCGCAGUCUCCGGUCAUCCCCUGUACUGUGUCCGCAGUCUCCGGUCAUCCCCUGUACUGUGUCCGCAGUCUCCGGUCAUCCCCUGUACUGUGUCCGCAG